GCAGCUGUCGCCCGCCCCGCCAGUAGCCCGGCCGCACGCUCCCAGCUGCUCUGCCGCGCCUCUCCCGGGUCCGAGGGGGGUCGAGGCACGAUGCCGUCAGCCACGCAACAGCCCUGCCGGAGAUCCUGACCACUGCCAGGCGAGAUGGCGCGCUGGGACGAUGCCGUGCGCUACCGCGUCGCGCCGCCCUGCAUGCUGGUGUUCUUCACCGGCAUAGUGCAGCUGCUGGCGCAGUGGGGGCAGGGCCCCACGAGCCGCCCCCUGGGGGCGGGCCGCCUCCUGGGCAGCGUCUUCUCGUGGACCACCGUGUCCUGCUUCCUGGCGUGGGCCUACCUGUGGCUGCGACUGGCCUCCGCCAGCACGCAGGGCCCGCCGGCGCCCUACGGCGAGGCUCCGAGCUACAAGGCUAACGGCGUGCUGUACUACUGGGCCAGCCUCGGCCUGUUCUUCGCGCUGCAGAGCUGGCGGCCGGCGCUGUCCCUUGAGCUGCACGCCGCCAUGCCGCAGCUGCUGGCGAGCCUGAACACGAGCGCGCUGCUGUUGUGCGCGUGGCUGUACCUGGCGGGGUCGCGCAGGCCCCCUCGUCCCGGGGACACGCCCCCCGCCGGGCCGCCGCUCUACAGGUUCUUCACGGGCCUGGAGCUGCACCCGCGCCUGCUCGGCGUGGACGUGAAGCAGCUGACCAACUGCCGGGUGGGCAUGAUGGGCUGGCAGCUGCUGGUGCUCGCCUUCUACCUGGCGGGCGUGCAGCGCCACGGCUUCAGUGUCCCCUCGCCCCUCGCCGCAGGUUCUUCACGGGCCUGGAGCUGCACCCGCGCCUGCUCGGCGUGGACCUGCUGGUGCUCGCCUUCUACCUGGCGGGCGUGCAGCGCCACGGCUUCAGUGUCUCCUCGCUCCUCGCCACAGGUUCUUCACGGGUCUGGAGCUGCACCCGCGCCUGCUCGGCGUGGACGUGAAGCAGCUGACCAACUGCCGGGUGGGCAUGAUGGGCUGGCAGCUGCUGGUGCUCGCCUUCUACCUGGCGGGCGUGCAGCGCCACGGCUUCAGUGUCUCCUCGCUCCUCGCCGCAGGUUCUUCACGGGCCUGGAGCUGCACCCGCGCCUGCUCGGCGUGGACGUGAAGCAGCUGACCAACUGCCGGGUGGGCAUGAUGGGCUGGCAGCUGCUGGUGCUCGCCUUCUACCUGGCGGGCGUGCAGCGCCACGGCUUCAGCGCCGCCGCGCUCGUCAACAUGCUGCUGCAGUCCGUGUACAUCGCCAAGUUCUUCUGGUGGGAGGCGGGCUACUUCGGCACGCUGGACAUGACGCUGGACCGCGCCGGCUACUACAUCUGCUGGGGCUGCCUGGUGUGGGUGCCGUGCCUGUACGCCUUCUCCUCGUACUACCUGGUAGCACACCCGCCCCUGGUGGGCGCCCCCGCCGCCGCGGCCCUGGGACUGCUGGGGGCGGCCGCCGUGCUCCUCAACUACCGCGUCGACUACGAGAAGCAGUUUUGGUGUGGCCAGGAUUGCCGAGAGUGUUCGACCAGAAGUGGUGAUAGAAUCAACGGAAUUUUGGACGAGGGUGUUUGUUGGAGUAGAGGAAAUAUUGUCUGUCAGUGCACGAACUGCAGCACACACAUUUGUAACAUGAGCUGCACUGCGGAAGGACUGGAUGCACAUACAAGCGGGUGCUCCGCACAGGUGUUCCGGGCCUCGGAGGAGGGGCGAUGCGAGCUCUGGGGGCGGCCGGCGCGCUGCCUCGGGGGCGGCGGGAGGCGGCUGCUGGUCUCCGGCUGCUGGGGCGUGGCGCGCCACCUCAACUACACCUUCGAGCUGCUGGCGGCGCUGGCCUGGAGCCUGCCGGGCUGGGGGCUGGGCGCAGCGCCCCUGCUCUACCCGGCCUUCCUGCUCGUGCUGCUGCUGCACAGGGCCAGCCGCGACGAGGAGAAGUGUGCCCGGCGCUACGGCGAGCUGUGGCAGCGCUACUGCCGCCUCGUGCCCUACCGCCUGCUGCCGGGCGUCUACUGACCACCACCACCUUCACCUGACAGCUCACUACUUACCUUGGAGGCAGUGUCGUCGUAGGAGCGGUGACGACUUGAGAGAAUUACAACAGCCGUUGACAGCUGUUCGCAAAACUGGCAGCUGCUACAACUUCGUGUUUCGUGAACUUGCAGUCGGCCAGAGCAACCACUGUUGCACCAAAACAUCUGGAAGAGUCCUCGGCUUGCGUCUACCUGGGUUUUGAACGAAACAGCCAACACGAUGCGUUUCGAAUGCACGCGAACGUUGAGAUAUGUAGAUUACGCUCUUGGGGAUAAAAACAUUACAUGAUGUUUAUAUUCAAAGUAGGGGCUCAUUCGAGGCCUACUGAGACUAGUCUCGUCAGUUCACUUCAAUAAAAUACUUUUAGGCUUUCUUGAAUUCUCUUUUCUGUAUACAAAAACAUAUUUCUGGUAUAAAGCAAUACAAAACUGAACUCGGAUUUUUUUUGAGUAUUGUUAGUAAAAUAAUGAAUAGUUAACUCUGUCCAGAGAGUCUUGUAUGUUUCAGAUCAGUUAAAUUUGCUUUCAGUCAAUUAUGUUAGAGAAGAACUGCUCUAAGAGGAAUUGGUUUUUCAUUUGUCCAUCACAUAUUCUAAAUCAAAUAUUCAUAAAGUUGUGAAAAACAUCACUUAUAUUAAAAGACGUAUAUCAGUAAAGAAAACUUUUAUUUUGGAGAGGAUAUUAGAAAAUUAUUUAUUUAUAGGCGCUAAAUAUUUUAUUUCUAAGGUGAAAUGUUUCGUUAAAGAAAGUGACUUAGGUGUUUUAUUUGUUUGGAUCGUGAACUCUAGGCUUUCGUUUGAUAUCCAGAAAUAUAUUGAUUGAUUUAGUUAUAUUUAUAACCAUUUGUACAAUUAUAUUCUUUUAAUGUUAUAGUAUUUAAGAUAAGACUUAAAUUAAGUUUUUUAAUUCAAUUAAAACAAAAGUUUUGAAUUCACAAAGAUUAACUAUCGAAACUAAAAUACUAAAUUAGAGUUACAGCAUAAAAGGUGUGAGUAAAAUUUCUCUUUUUGUACAAGUGUUGAGAUUAUAUGGUAUUUAAGGUUCCAUCGAUGCAGUGUCACACACUGCGCAGAGCAUCUCUCUUCCCUAAGGCUUCUUAGGAGACAGUCAUCUACAAUCACUUGUUGAGAACCGUGCAGAAGCAAUAGUGGCUAUAGGAUAUUGUUUUUACGAAUUUAUUUGUAGUCAAUGGUGGAAGAAGAAUUGGUUCUCUGAUAGGUUUGUCACCUUAGUAUAUGUAAUUAUUAUUGGAAAAUGUUUUUUACUUUGACAAAUUUAUCACGAAUAAAUUUACCAAAUAAAGUCCAUACUGAAGUAGGCUUUCUACACUUGAUAAUUGUUAAUAACAUAAUAGUUAAAUGACAUGAAUGGCUAGUUUUUAGGAUUGAGGUCCAACGUAGUAGUUUAAUGAUUUUUUAGUGAAAUGUUUCUAAAAUAAUAAAAACUUAAUCGUAUAUAUUAGGUAAGUGUAUGUUCUUAGGUAGUAAAUUUUAAGUGACAAACCGAAAACUUGCAUGGUUUCUUAGAAGUCUAUGUUCUCUCAACAUAAUUCUUUCACGUUUUGAUAACCAUUCAUGGAUAACUGUAAACGUGUUUGUACAGUAGAUAAUGGUGAACGUGUGAUGUGCUAGUCAGAGGGAGAUGCAAAGAUUGGUCGAGGAUUUCAGGACGCGAUGAAUAGACGUUGAACCGGGCUGUAGUCUUAUAUCACUAGAAUAUUAUUGAAAUACCGAUAUAAAUAAUUUUUUACGAUCGGAAUCAAUUUUUUUUACAAAUGUACAUAAAAGGGAUAUUUCUUCCUAUUUGCUCCCCAAUUAAAAUCAAACCAGAAAAGUAUUUUUGUUGAGCCAAAGUUCAAGGUUACAAAAUAGGUUUUGAUAAAAUCAUUGAAUAUAUUAUAUAAAUUCAAUGAUAAAAUUUACUAUCAACUCGUCUUUCGGCGUGGUUUUUUGGCGUAUUUGUAUGACGCAAAUCAGCAGUACUUCACAAUUUCUAUUUUUAUACGUGAAUAAAUGUUUUGUGUACCACUACAGUUAAAAUACUCGUAUUGUUGUUAAAUUGUGUGGAAGUUGAUCAACGUUUGCAAUUGUGCUGCUGUUUGCUCAUAAAUACUCAAGAUUGAUUACCUACUUGCUGACAGACCUUAACUUAUUUAACAACACAGUUGCAUCACCAAGAGGCGCAAAUAUCUGACCUUCGAAUAAAAAUACACAAUAAAGCAAACCCUUCCUGGAAAAUUAUCCCAACCGACUGCAAUGCUAAAUAACAUAAGAGUAGACAACUCAUAAAACCACGCCUUUUACGAAGUCACUACUAUAUUAAUGCUUAGUAUUACUUAUGAAGACAUUAACAUACAUCGAUAAAAUUAUGUGAUUAUCCAUUAAAAUUGUAAAAGAAAUAGAAUGUAAAAGUUAUAUGUCACAAAAAUCCACACCAGCUGCUUUUUAAAAUCAUUAAAAAAAACCUCACUGUUUAAAACGACAAGCACCAAGAGACAAAAUGAAUUUUCAGUUUUCUACGAAAAUAUUAAUUCUUCGAAAAUAUUAAUUCUACGGUCCUUGCUCUAACGGUUAUCUGAUACAAGAUUUAAAUUUUAAAGAAUUACUUUACAACUAUAAUCAAUUAACGAACCAAAAAAAUAAAUAAAUAAAAUUGUUCAUAAAUAUUUAAAGUACUAAAUUUUCUUACAGUAAAACUUAAAAUAAAAACAUUUUAUUUAUUUCAUUAUUCUUUUUUCUGACCCAUUUGUAAAAUCGGCAAUAAUAUUUGCCUUAUUUUCAUAGUACAAAUGAGAAUAGCGUAAAAUGUUUUUUACUGUCUUUACUAUGUAAAAAAAAUCAUUUACAAGUUACAAAAAAAUCUGGCAAUGUUGCAACGCCGCGUAGGAAAUAAAAAAUAGUAGAUUAUAGAAACCUUCAAAAAUCAUUUCGUUGUUUGAUUCACAGCCCUUCAAGAGAGCAUUAUAUAUAUAUUUUUAAUAAAGAAAUAGUAUAUUUAUUAAGUUAAACGUCUCUUUAAAUUCAAAUAAUUCAAGAACAUACUAACCCACUGGACACAAAAA